UCCGUCUGCUUCAGCGGGCAGCGGGCGCUGGAGCGCAGCGCAGCUCAGCGCAACCCUUCGGCCGGCAGAGCGGACUGAGCUAGAAGCGAAGCGCUGUCGCCGGAGGCGAAUGAUAAGGGCAGGUGCUGACUGCAGCGCCAUGGACCAGUCGCGCCUGCUGCUGCUGCUGCUUCUAGGGGUGUCCCUUGGAGGUGCCGAGGGGACAUGUUCCACAGGCUUGUACACUCAUAGCGGAGAAUGCUGCAAAGCCUGCAACUUGGGUGAAGGCGUGGCCCAGCUUUGUGGAGCCAACCAGACCGUGUGUGAACCCUGCCUGGACAGUGUGACAUUCUCUGAUGUGGUGAGCGCCACUGAGCCGUGCAAGCCGUGCACCGAAUGCCUGGGCCUGCAGAGCAUGUCGGCUCCCUGUGUCGAGGCAGAUGAUGCAGUGUGCCGCUGUGCCUAUGGCUACUACCAGGACGAGGAGACUGGCCGCUGCGAGGCGUGCAGCGUGUGCGAGGUGGGCUCAGGACUCGUGUUCUCCUGCCAGGACAAACAGAACACAGUGUGUGAAGAGUGCCCAGAGGGCACAUACUCAGACGAAGCUAACCACGUGGAUCCGUGCCUGCCCUGCACAGUGUGCGAGGACACUGAGCGUGAGUUACGGGAGUGCAAGCCCUGGGCUGACGCCGAGUGCGAGGAAAUCCCUGACCGAUGGAUCACAAGGUCUACACCCCCAGAAGGCUCCGACAGCACGGCCCCCAGCACCCAGGAGCCCGAGGCACCUCCAGAUCAAGACCUCAUAGCCAGCACAGUGGCAGAUACGGUGACCACUGUAAUGAGCAGCUCCCAGCCUGUAGUGACCCGAGGCACCACUGACAACCUCAUUCCUGUCUAUUGCUCCAUCUUGGCUGCUGUGGUUGUGGGCCUUGUGGCCUACAUUGCUUUCAAGAGGUGGAACAGCUGCAAGCAAAACAAACAAGGAGCCAACAGCCGACCAGUGAACCAGACGCCCCCACCUGAGGGAGAAAAACUCCACAGCGACAGUGGCAUCUCUGUGGACAGCCAGAGCCUGCACGACCAGCAGACCCAUACACAGACUGCCUCAGGCCAGGCCCUCAAGGGUGACGGCAACCUCUACAGUAGCCUGCCCCUGACCAAGCGUGAGGAGGUAGAGAAGCUGCUCAAAGGCUCCUCGGGGGACACCUGGCGACAUCUGGCAGGCGAGCUGGGCUACCAACCUGAGCACAUAGACUCCUUCACCCAUGAGACCUGCCCGGUCCGAGCCCUGAUGGCCAGUUGGGGUGCCCAAGACAGCGCAACACUCGACGCCCUUUUAGCCGCCCUGCGCCGCAUCCAGAGAGCUGAUAUCGUGGAGAGCCUGUGCAGCGAAUCCACUGCCACAUCCCCAGUGUGAGCUCAGAGACCGGGAGCCCCUGUCCUGCCCCACAUUCCAACAACUGAUGCUCUAGCCAGCCCCCCCAGAGACGUCCCCCUCCCCUGGGGUAGCCCAACAGUCUGUGCAGGGCCUCUGAGCCCUGCUCCCCAAACCGUAGCCCUGUUGCUGUCCCUGAGGGAGCCCUUGCAUCUGACCACACUUCCUCUCCAGUGAGAGAUAGGACCACACCAAGCCUGUGCUGCCCCAAUUACCAUCUCAGGCCUUUCCUCCCUUUCCCACACCUUAGCUGUGUCAGAGCCGGGGUUUUGACAACACGGAUGGUAAUAGGGGCACCUCAGAGACUCGGGCAGCACUGAAGAACCAGAGUCAUGGACUCCACACUGUGAACUGGAGAACAGGGAGCACUGUGGUUGGCUAGACCUUCCUUAGUCCCUCCCUCCUCCACUCUGGCCAAAGAUGAAGAGGAAUACAGGCCCAUCUGAGCUGAAAGCCAGUCCACAUGGCCCUCUUACUCACAGGAGAGGCAGGGACUGGCCCAGGCCACCCAGCAGUAGGGAGGUCAAAUGUAGGCUGACAUCUUCCUCUCUGAAUGAGGGCAUCUGGAGUGCCUGAUGUCCUGAUGUCAGGGACGGAGUGACUGGAAGCCAAGUCUGCCCCACCCUCUACCACUUCCGGGCCCCUACCCAAUUAUGCGGAGGAACUGUUUGCCCAAGACCUGGUCCAUUGGCCCAUCCUGCUGGAGUCAGGCUAAGGGCUUGGGGAGUGGGGUGUUGCUUUCCUCUGUCUCUGUCAGGCUUACCCAAAUGGCAUUUGCCGAAAGGUA